ACUCCAGUUCAGCUGCUGACAAUAAGAGGACAGAAGCUCAACAUCAGGGCGUCCAGCUGGUCUCUGAAGCCUCAGCGUCCAUCCAGCCGUCUCACGGCGAGGAGACCGAAGGCGACACCUGCACCAUCUGCUUCGAGGCGUGGACGACCGCAGGCGAACACAGACUGUCCGCUCUGCGCUGCGGACACCUCUUCGGCUUCACCUGCAUCCAGCGCUGGCUGAAAGCUCAGGGCCAAGCCGCUAAAUGUCCACAGUGUAACAAGAAAGCGAAGCGUUCAGACAUCGUGCUUCUGUAUGCGCCGAAGCUGAGAGCGCUGGACAACUCUGAGCAAGAGAGCUUAAAGAAGUCUCUGGAGCAGGAGCAGUCCCUGAGGAGGAAGGCUGAACUGGAGUCAGCCCAGUACAAACUCAAACUGCAGGUUGUCACCAACCAAUAUGGACAAGUACAACAAGAGCUGCAGGAGCUGAGGGCUCUGAUGGCCAGGGCUGGUAGAAGCUCAGUACCCUCCUCCUCCUCCUCCUCCUCCUCUUCUUCCUCGGGGUCCACCUCACUCCUGGGUCUGUCUCAGAGGGCCGACGGCUCCAGGACGGCUCAGUACAGCUUCUACAAGGCGGUUUUAGUGUCUCAGGCUGGAGGCUGCAGGGUUUUAUCGUACUGUGAACCACUGAGUUGCCUGCUGGCCUCGCAGCCUUCCCCUCAGCCCACACUGGUGCCCGGUUGUGGGGUGAAGAAGGUGAGUGUGGUGACCAUGAAGGCGAGUCAAUACAUUCCCAUCCACGGCAAACAGAUCAGGGGUCUGUCCUUCAACAGACAGAACGACAGUCUGCUGCUGUCUGCUGCUCUGGACAACACCCUCAAACUGACCAGUCUGCUGACCAACACCGUGGUUCAGACCUAUAAUGCAGGUAAACCAGUGUGGAGCUGCUGCUGGUGCUUGGACAACAGUAACUACGUCUACGCUGGUCUGAGCAACGGCUCGGUGCUCGUGUACGACACCAGAGACACCAGCACACACGUCCAGGAGCUGCAGCCGCUUCGCUCCAGGUGUCCAGUGGCGUCUCUGUGCUAUGUCCCGCGGGCAGCGUCCAGCUCCUUCCCCUGCGGCGGGCUGAUCGCAGGGUCUCUGGAGGGCGGGUGCUUCUGGGAGCAGGUCAGCGAGACCACGUACAGACCGCACGUCCUGCCGCUGGAGACAGGCGGUUGCACCGAUAUCCAGGUGGAGGCGGAGAGCCGUCACUGUCUGGUCACAUACAGGCCAG